GCACACAAGCCGGCAGCUCCACCGUGGCCAGUGACCCCAGGAAGAUACCCGCCUUCCUUCCUGCCAGCGCUGAGGCUAUGCCCAGCCCUCACUGCCCAGGUUCCAGGGUGAGCAGCCACAACAGCUCCUCUCCACAGAGACUCCAUGAGGCCCAUAGUGCUGUCCUCGGUGGCCACUCCGUUUCCUUGCUCAAGGGAAAAGGGGAACUCCCCAGCCCGCUGCCGCCAUGUGGAGCUGCGGCCCGCUCAAUGGCACAGGUAGCCUGGAGGACCAGCUCCUCUGCCAGCACUUCCACUUGGUCCUGUCCGUCUUCUCUCUGCUCUACCUAGUCGUUGGCGUCCCCAUCGGCCUGGGCUACAAUGCGCUGCUUGUCCUGGUCAACCUGUACGACCAGAACAGCAUGACCAUGCCCGAUGUCUACUUUGUGAACAUGGCUGUGGCGGGCCUGGUGCUCAGCGCCCUGGCACCCGUGCACCUGCUGGGCCCCACUGCCUCUGGGUGGGCCCUGUGGGGCUUCAGCAGUGAGGCACACAUCACACUGCUGGUGCUGUUCAACGUCUCCUCCCUGGUGACCAUGUACUCCACAGCCCUGCUCAGCCUCGACUACUACAUCGAGCGCGCUCUGCCGCGCACCUACAUGUCCAGCGUCUACAACACCAGGCACGUGUGCGGCUUUGUCUGGGGCGGGGCCCUGCUCACCAGCUUCUCCUCCCUGCUAUUCUACAUCUGCAGCCACGUGGCGGCCAGGGUUGUUGAGUGUUCCAAAAUGCAGGACACAGAGGCUGCUGAUGCCAUCAUGGUGUUCAUCGGGUACUUGGUCCCCACCCUGGCCGUGCUCUAUGCACUAGCACUCAUCUCGAGGAUCCGGAAGGAGGACACACCCCUUGACCAGGAUGCGGGGAGGCUGGACCCCUCGGUGCACAGGCUUCUGGUGGCCACUGUGUGCACACAGUUUGGGCUGUGGACGCCUCACUACCUGACCCUCCUGGCACACACAUUGCUUGCCUUGCAGGGGAAGCCCAUGGAUGGGCGCUACCUGGGGAUUCUGCUCUUUGCUAAGGAUGUGUCGAGAUUCUUGGCAUUCUCUAGUAGCUCUGUGAUGCCGCUUCUUUACCGCUACAUCAACAGAAACUUCCCCGGCAAACUCCGGCGGCUGAUAAAGAAAAUGCACUGUGGGCACCAGAGCUGCUCCCCAGACCAAGUGGGGGUCCAGCAGGUGAUGGCAUAGAGAGCUGACUCCUCUGAUUGUGGCCACUCUGAGCACCAGUCUUGGGGCCACUGUCAAUGUCCACUGCGGAGCCACCUGACAGAUGGCCAACAGUGCAUGCCCUGGAGGCACAGCACUUUCUCACUGUCUUCCCCAGGAGGUCACUGAGGCAAGAACAAAGGACAGCACAAGGCAUGUUCUCGCCAAGUUUUCUGCUGUUCCAGACAGGCCAUGCUUCCACCAAGGCCACAUUGUUCAGAGCAGCAGGGGCCUAGGGUGAAGAAUGGCUGAGUUGGCCCACCUGCUUCUGCCAGUGGCGUGUGCCUGGUCCUUUAGGUCCACACUGUCAGCCUCCUCCACACUGGGUUCCCUGAAUGAAGUGAUGACAAUCAAAAGCCAGUAUUUACAUGGUCUUGUUAAAAUCCUUGAUUUCCUCUCUUACUUUAUUUUUGUUUAUGAAAAGAGAGAUCUGAUAGAAAAGUCACAACAGCAUGGAAAAUGAAGGAAACAACACAGAAGAGCACCUGUGUUGGACAGAUGGGGUUGGGCUUCAUGACUGCACGGUCACCCUGAGGAGGCGUGAGAGGAGAGGUGCACGGUGUCACACACAGAGAUGGCAUGAAAAUAUUUCUGCAGGAAAAAGCCAGCAGCGUGGCUGGUCUUAAGCGAGAAUAAAGUAGCCCGGGGCUCACAUCUUGCCGGACCAACACACCUCGUACCCCUGCUCUCCUCACGGGUGACAUUAGCUGACCUCUUUCCAUGUAGGUCAACUCCCCCCAAAUGGGUACCAAACUGAACAAUAAAGGUAAACUGAAGAAAGGAAAGGGUGGUUUCCACAGAAUCUCAAAGGGGCUGCCGGGGGGAGACGGGCCUGGAAGACCGAGCCUUGUCUGGCAUCCAGGGUGGAAAAUAGGGCCACCCUGGCCACCUCACACCUGUCUGAUCCUCCGUGGCUGCUACUGGAGGAGAGCCCAAGACCUGCCUGCUUAGCCAGAAUCCUGGAUCUUCCACACUGUGGCCUGUACACAUGUGCUUUAAGACUGUGGCAAUGGAAGCCCCCUGCCUCCCACACCAUCUGUUCACCUGCACCCCAGCUUCACAAUACAUCCUACCCUUGCAGCCCCUAACUUCAACUAUGAAACCCACAAAACUCUAAAAACAGGGAGAUUUGUUUCUCAAGUCUGCAGCAAAUUAAUUUGUAGCAGACCCUAACCUGAAGUGGCACGAGGGCACUUUUCUGAGGAAAGAUGAAUGUGAUCCUGGGGCCCAGCCCCAGUCCCAGUGUCCUACAGUAUGCGGUCCAUGCUGCUUGUUAACUGUCUGUGCGUGUGUGCAUGUGUGCACCUGCACAUACAGAACCCAGGUCAACAGAAGUUGUUUGCUAAAAGGAAAACCAUAAACACGCACAUUCCUUAAAAUAUGGUUUAUAUUUCAACCUAAGUUUUCCUGCAGUGUGAUGGUUACAGACAACAGCUUGGGCUGGAAUUGGUAAUUUGGUGACUCCCUCCUGCUUUUAGGGUUGUGCACCCAGGAAAAAAAAAUUUUUUUUGGUCAUUGCUCAGUAAUGCGCCGUAUUUAUUUAUUUAUUUUAACCUUUUGACUCUCUUCACCCAUUUCCCCCACCAGCCACACCCCUGCCCCUGACAACCACCAAUCUGUUGAUUCUAUGACUUUGGUUGUUUUUUGAAAGAUCCCCCAUAUACGUGAGAUCGUGAGGUGUUUGUCUUUCUCUGACUUACUCCACUUAGCCCAGGGCCCUCCAAGUCCAUCCAUGUUGUUGCAAAUGGCCAGAUUUCAUUCCUUCUUGUGGCUGAUAUUCCAUGGUGUGUGUCAUGUGUAUGUGUACACAACCCCUGCCUCUUCUGUGUCUGCUCCUGUGUCUUGGCCAUGGUGAAUGAUACCCCAGGAACACAGGUUGCAAACAUCUUUUCAGUUAGUGGUUUGGGAUCCUCUGAGUAAAUAUUCACAAGGGCGAUGACUGGAUCAUAGGGUAGCUGUUUUUUUUAACUUCUGAGGAACCUUCUUGUUUGAGGGGCUGCACCAGUUUGCAUUCCCACCAGUGGUGUCUGAAGGUUCCCCCUUCUCCAUGUCCUCACCAGCUCUUGUCUUCUUGUUGAUGGCCUUCUUAACAGAUGUGAGGAGAUCUCCCUACGGAGGGAUGCAGGGUGCAUUCAUUUCAUGUACAUGUUGGCCAUCUGUAUGUGUUCUUUGGAGAAAUGUCUAUUCUGACUCUGUGCCCAUUUUGCAAUCAGACUUUAUUUUGCUACUGAGUUUCUUUAUGUAUUUUGGAUAUUUGGUCCCUAUCAGAGAUAUUAACAUACUAACCUGUGACAACCUGAAAACUGAGUUCUGACCUGUCUGGUCCAAGGAUAACAGAGUGUGGCUCUAUUUUUUGCCACGUUCCGUUCAGGGAAAUCUCUCCAUUUGGUCCUGGUCUCUUGGGAAAUUCAGCCUAUGACUUAGUUGCCAUUGUUUUUUUUUUAUCUGCAAAAUAUAUCCCCUCUAGGAUGAUGUGAGUUAAGAGUCUGCCUGGGCAGAAUCAUGAAAGUACACUGGAUGCCAGAGCCCUGCUGUGACUUGAGCCUGGUAGCUGUGAAACUCUAGACAGGUUCUGUGGGGCCCAUCUACUUCCUAGCCAGUAGAUCCAGGGCAGAAUGAGAGAAGUUUCCAUGUUGCUUCUGUCAGGAAUGUGCUAUUUCUACUGAAGGACACAGUCCCCUCCGCUGCUCCAGGUCUUCUGAUGGGCUGGGGUUUCUUUUCAAAUCCUGAAAGCCUCAGGCCUGACCCCUCCCCACUCCUUCCACCCCCACCCUCUUCAAGUUGUGGGCUGCACAAUGGGUAGUCCCCAGGUCAUGGCUCCCCUGGGAAACCCUGGCAUUGGCUGAGUGACUAGUGCAACUGCACAGUCCCCUAGCAUUGCUGCCAUAGAACUUCUCACCUCAAACAUGCCUGUUCCUGCUUGGCUUCUAGUUCUGUCAUGGUGGGUGGGCAGCUCCAGAGCCAGGGUCAGGCCAAGGUCCAGUAUGCACAGCCAGGCUCUUGGGUCAGGAAGCCAGCACCGUUAUUACCAGAAAUGGGAUCCAGCUUGUGAGCUGGUCUGUAGUGGCAGUGCUACUUCAAAUAAAAAGUCCCUUUUCCUUGCUUCUCUCCUCUGUUCUUUACUUAAGGAUAAAGAGGUCCUAGGAGAGAGGGAAAUCCCAAGAGCACAGAGCUGAGGGACACACGGGUCUCUGCCACAGCCCUUGAGUCCCUCACCCCAGCCGGGGUCCCCCAAACAGGAGAGGGAUCUAAAAUCAUGGGUUUGUAAUUUCUCAGUGGCUUUGGUUGCAAACUGGCUUCUUUCUGGCAACUUCCUGGGGACCGGAGAGAGUCCUGCCAGGGGUCCCUCCCCAUUCCCAAUGCCCACAGUUGCUGGUGACAGAGGGCCCCCAAGGAUUUGUGGCAGCCUGGCAGCUCUUCCUGGUGAAGCACCGGCCCAUGGCAGGCUGGGGUUCCUGUGUAGACCCUUAACCUCUAAUGGAGACCCUCUCCACUCUCACAAAUGUGUCUUUACCUCCAUACUCUUCUCCCUGCUGGCGACACCUCUGCCACCAACCCCACAUGCUGCAGAGCCUACUCCCCAUUUGAUGUUUGUUUAUCCACAUUCUUGUGCUAAAUUAUUCUCAGAUGAAUCUGGUGUGACCCGACAUUUCUCUUCCAGGUAUGGGUGCUUCCAGUGCUUCUGCCAAGUUGCCAAAAAAAAAAAACAAAAAACUGAAAGAAUUUUGAACUGAGAGAAAAAUGGAAAAAGCUAAAGUAGACUGUAAAUGCACACACACACAUAUAUAUGCGUGCGUGUGUGUUGUGUAUACGUAUAUAUAUAUACACAACACACACACCCUUUAAUUGAUCAAUCUUUAUUUCUCCCAGUGAAAGUUUACGUUCCAAGCUAAUUCUGUUAUCAAAACUUCUAGAUGAUUACAUUUUUAAAAUUAAUCUCAUUUUUAUUAAUCCACAAACUCAUCUAUCUUGCCAUGCUUAAGAUUACAAAAAGCGAGUUCAACCUUAGGUUUACUUGAUGAAGGUUAGAAAAUUUAUCAUAGGAAACCAGACAUACUGUUACGUGUGGCAGACAUGUCAGUAGGUCAAACAUUCCUUUAUGGAAUGCACUUGCUAAAGGAUAAGCCUGAAAUAAAUUAUUAAGAAGCUAAAUUAUAAGUCCAAUUCUUGAAUUUAAAAUCAGUUGGAAAAUUUGGGGACUUUUUCAUUUCUCAUCUGUUAAAUCUGCUCCAGUGGUUGCACCCGUUGGCCUAAAGUUCUAUGUAAAUGAUGAAGAAAAACCUGCUAGAGAAAAAACCCACACAUUUGAAAAUUUAAAUUAUUUGAUAUAUCUUAUUCAAUUUUGGAAUUCUUAAAAUGUGUAUUUCCAGGGGUAUAUGAUGUAGAUCAGAAAAUGGCACAGAACUUACCAUAAAACUGGUUAUUUCCUGACGUUACAAUUACAUUAAUACAACCAGUAGUCAUUCAGCUGCAUACAAGUCCCUAGGCUGUGGCUGCCAAGUGGCAGAGGAGCCAUACUCAGAGGCCACUGCACACGUCAGUCAUGAAGGCUAGCAGAGACAGCCUUACAACUCUUACAAAUGUUAUUCUUCCUUGAGAAUAAUAAUUUAAAAAUUGCUGACUGCAUCCUGAGGGCUGAGUAUAGAAUUGAGUGUCCUGGUGGCUCCAGAAGCCCCAUAUAGGAGGGGCUGUCCCCCGACCCCUCUGCAAGAGGUCAAUGAGCUGUGUACACAGUGAGUGCUCAAUACACUUGAGAAGUGAAUGAGUCCUCUACGAAUGAAGGAAUUUGAACAUACAACAUACCUAUUUUAUAUUAAUAAAAAAUAUGCAGUUUAGACUUUAUGAUUUGUCUUAUUCUGUUGAGCGUGUGUAUGAGACAGGAGUUCUGAGUACAAAGCAUUUGUUGAGUGCCUAUUGUGUUCUCAACCUUUCUCCUGAUAUUUAAAACCACUUCGUAAGUUCUUUUGGCCCAUCUGCCAUUAACAUUAACGUCAUGUGAACCUGUAACGUGAGAUGCUAAUGUACAAUAUGCUGUGAAGUUGGAGUGCAGUACUUUUUGAAGUCCUAGCAGGACACUACAUGACUCAGAAAUACUUUCCAGCCUCUCGAGCAGGCGUGUUUGCAGAGCUCCACCCAGUGGCCAUCGGCAGACCUUCACUCUGCAGGACAGCCAAGUAUCGGCCACAGAGCUCCAGGACACUGGGAACUGUGUUCAUGCCACGUGAGGGUGCUUCUCACAGGUCUAACAGCUGACAUGAUUUGGGUUGGCUGGGUCACAUUCUGUGAUGUAACUCAGUGAUCUUCUAUGGUAGCUUUAACUCCCCAACCAGCUGCUGAAGAGCAGACACCCUGACACACAUUCCCCAACAAUCAGAGCAGGAACAGGAAUGUCCUUCAGAAACUAUUCCCUGCAGAUACUGACUGGGUCAGAAUCCACGAGGCUCUCAGAAUUCACAACAAAUUGUGCUUUUACAAAAAACAUACCCUCAGCAGCAGUGGAAAAGGGUGCUCAGUCCACCAGGUGCUGCUCUGCGGGCAUAUACACACAUAUAUACAUGCAUAUACACACUGGUCAUGCAAAGCCCAUGCAGUCCCAGGUGGCAGCACUGGAGUCAGCAGAGCCUGGCUGACCUACAGGGACAGUAGCCAAGUGUGGGCCUGUGAUGCUGGAUUUCUGUGUUGUUAAGGCUUGGCA